UUUUGGUGUGAUGUCACCAAAAGCAGGAAACUUUCAGACUUUCAGACUCAGAGCACACAUUACGCUGGCACUUGUGUGAUUUCGACAUUUCAAAGGCUACUCACUUUUAUAUGCUUUAUACCCAUUUGGUGGGGCGGUUCCAGUGAUGAAGGCGACCGUAUCCUUUUACACAGCCUACCUGCUGUGUUUGGUGCUCAGCCUGGUGUGUGUGGUGCUGGUCGUCCACUGGAACGCCUCCUACCGCGGCGGCUUCUCCUGGGACGGGAAGGUCACGCAGUUCAACUGGCAUCCCGUGCUCAUGGUGGUCGGCCUGGUUGUGCUGUACGGAAACGCCGCUGUAUUGUAUCGUGUCCCGCUGACCUGGACUCAGGACAAACUGCCAUGGAAGAUUCUUCAUGCCUGCCUCCUCCUGCUUGCUCUGAUCUUCACCAUCGUGGGCUUGUGUGCCGUGUUCAACUACCACAACGCCAAUAAUAUACCGAACCUUUACUCGCUGCACAGCUGGGUGGGAAUCCUCACCAGCGCCUUGUUCGCCGCUCAGUGGGUUGCUGGAUUCGGAGCGUUCCUCCUCCCGUGCUCCCCCGUGCCUCUGCGCGUGUUCGUCAAACCCACUCACGUGUGGAUGGGAGCCAUUCUCCUGGUCCUCAGUGUCGUGUCCUGCAUCUCAGGCAUCAACGAGAAGCUGUUUUCUGUAUUAAAAAAGGGAACCAAUGAGACGCUGCCGUACAACCAGCUGCCACCGGAGGCGGUACUCGGCAAUUCACUUGGCGUCGUCAUCGUGGCUUUGGCGCUGGUCGUCCUGAAAAUCCUGUCCAAUCAGACUUGGCAACGUCCCGAGCCAAGGAACGAGGAGGCGGGCUACAGGCAACUGCCAGGAGACAACAGCUGAAGUCUCACAGCCUUUUCAUUUAGCUUUCUUGAUGGUGUCUGCGUCGGAUUACAGUCUGGAUCAGUUUAAUGCACAGAUACGGAGGUUUAUAUGAUGGGAGUGAUGAUUUAUUCACUUCUAGUUACACCACUUGUUUGUGUUUGGACAUUUCAUUUCCGUUUUGUAAGUGUGCAUUGCAUCAAAAAAAAAAACAAAAAUUAAAUAAAAAAAAGCUAAGCAUCAAAAAAGUGUGUUAGUAUGAUAAAUUAAUUAAAUAAAUAAAUAAAUAUGUUUAGAGAUUUGUGCUACAUUAUAUGAUAUAUGUGAAGUGAAAAUGUAAUUUAGGUUUUCUGUCAAUAAUAAAUAGCAGCAAUAA